AUGGCAAAUAUUCUUAAAGUCGCCUCUGAGGCCGAGGGACCCAGCGAAGUCACACCUCUCCUCGGAAAUGCAGCUAUCGAGGAGCCGAUACCAUCACAAAUUGCAGGAGCCGCCAUCGAGAAUGAAAACGUUGGACCAGGUCUCGAGGGAGAUGAAGAUAGCAGCAGCCCGAAGGCGAUGCAGACCUUUCAAAUCCUGCUACUCUGCUACGCCUCCCUUGCCGAGCCGGUGGCAUAUUUCUCCAUCUUCCCGUACAUCAACGAGAUGAUCGAGCGAACAGGCGAGAUACCCGAGGCUAACGUGGGGUUCUGGAGUGGAAUGAUCGAGUCGCUCUUUUCUCUCGUGCAAAUGUUGUUGAUGAUCAUUUACGGACGCAUGGCGGACCGGUUGGGCAGAAAGCCGGUGCUUGUGUUUAGCUUGGCGGGCGUGAGUUUCGCGACGAUACUGUUCGGGCUGAGCGCAUCACUGUGGCAAAUGAUUAUGUUCCGCAUGUUUGCCGGGAUUUUCUCGGGGUCGGCCGUGACGAUUCGGACCAUGGUCAGUGAGAAUUGUGACAAGUCAACGCAGGGACGCGCAUUCAGUUGGUACAUGUUCGCGAGGAACAUCGGCAUUCUUAUCGGGCCGAUCGCUGGCGGUGCUUUGGCGAAUCCCUCUGAGCAAUUUCCGGGAACAAUCGGAAAGGUGCAGUUCUUCAUCGAUUUCCCAUACGCGCUUCCCGCAUUGGUAGCUGGCACCAUUAGCUUAUCGACAACUAUCGCAGCAGCACUCUAUCUCAAAGAGGUGAGAUAUGAGCUUGAUCGGCUUUGCUUCACCACAGCUGAUGGAUCGUCAAAGACAUACAUGUCCACCUGGGAAGUGCUCAAAUCCCCGGGUGUUGCGGUGGUGUUAUACAUCUCUGCACACAUAGGAUUCCUGGCUCUCUCUUAUACGGCUGUCAACCCCGUGUUUAUGUACACCUAUAUCAGUGAAGGUGGAUUAAGCUUCAAGCCAUGGCAGAUCACCAUAUUUCUGGCCACUGCAGGAGCUAGUCAAGCGAUCUGGAUGCUAUUCGGUUUCCCAUUUUUGCAAAAACGACUCGGCACUGGGAAUUUGCUGAGAAUAGCUUGUAUCGCAUGGCCUUGCUUCAUGGCUGUGUAUCCAAUCCUGAAUGAGAUGUUGCGACAUGGGCUUGGCAUUGCGUUUUGGUAUGUGAGCAUUCCACUGCUCGUACUAGGCAGCGGCGUAGCGAUGAGUUUUGGUUGCCAACAGCUCAUCUUAAAUGACAUUUCGCCAUCUCCUCAUGUCCUGGCAACGGUCAAUGCCCUCGCGCUCACCGUGGGCACUGCCAUUCGUGCCAUAGCCCCAGCAUUCAUCACAAGCAUUUUUGCCACGGGCAUCAAGCUUGGAUGGGCGGAUGGACACCUUGCCUGGAUACUGCUCAUCAUUCUUGCGCUACUCCUCAACGUUGGCGUCUACUUUCUUCCGGAAGCCGCUGAAGGAAGGCCUAAAAAGCGCUCGCACGAGCUGGCCGUGGAGCGCGAAGAACAGUGA